AUGGGCGCGCUGAGAGGCUCGGACGGACGCCUGACUAACGCCAAGCAGUUCCUCGUAACUGUUUCGGCUGUGCCUUUCGAGGUGAAACACACUGAGCUAGAAUCGAGAAUGUCAAUAGUCCGAAAGGAAUGUGUGCGAGUAAUUAAUGUCUUUUCGCUGAACUCCGCCUACUAUUCGAGCACGUACACAGACACUGAGGAGAGCCUGGAGGCAAAAGCACAAGGAAAUCGAGUCGCCCUUCGGGACUCGAACAUUGCUUCGGCCGCACUCAUAUUCCCUCAGAAAACAAAGCACGCAUAA